AUGGCUACGUUCAGGCUUACGCCAAAGCAGAAGCUUUUCGCCAUCAUCGGCAUCUCUUUUUGCUUUUUUAUUGCGGAAUUAAUCGUGGCCUUCUCGACCAAAUCCCUAGCACUUUUAGCUGAUGCCUUCCAUUACAUGAACGACCUUAUAGGAUUUGUUGUCGCUCUAGCUGCCAUCAUUAUCUCAGAACGUGCAUCCUCUCCCGAUAAUUUUUCGUUUGGUUGGGCACGCGCCCAGCUUCUCGGGGCCUUCUUCAAUGGUGUCUUCCUCCUCGCCCUCGGUGUAUCCAUUUUCCUCCAGUCGAUUGAGAGGUUCAUAAGAGUCGAACACGUUGAAAACCCCAAGCUCGUAUUGAUCAUGGGCUGCGUUGGAUUGGCACUAAACAUUAUCAGUGCAACAUUAUUGCAUGAACAUCACGGUCACGAUCAUGGAGGGCAUAGCCACAGCCAUUCGCCUAUUGAAGACGACGAACAUACCGAAAGCCAUAAGCAUGACCAUAAUCAUAAUCACGAUAACGUCGAGAUUGGAAGACAGUCGGUAGAAGGCUCAGGUGGUAAUGAUCGAGACGGGAUUUCCCUAAUGCCCGUAAGUGCCCAUGCCGAGCAUAGGCAUACCAUCGUGGAUCUUCAAGGUUCGGGACGGGACCUUGGUAUUAUGGGAGUUCUUUUCCACGUUAUUGGCGACGCAUGUAACAAUGUCGGAGUUAUCAUCGCGGCGCUAAUCAUUUGGCUCACGACACCCGAGGCUCGGUUUUAUGCCGAUCCAGGCAUAAGCAUGACCAUUGCCAUUAUGAUUUUAGUGACAUCGAUCCCACUCGUGAAGAACAGCGGCAAGAUUCUCAUGCAGAGCGCUCCGAAAGGUGUGAACAUAGACGACGUCAAGCACGACCUUGAGAAGAUCCCUGGCAUCCAAUCUGUUCACGAACUGCAUAUCUGGCGCCUUGACCAAAGGAAAGCCAUCGCAACCGCCCAUAUGGUUGUAUCAAACAACGACAUGGUCGACUUCAUGAACCGCGCGCGAACUGUCAGCGAGUGUCUUCAUGCCUACGGCAUCCAUUCGGCAACCCUACAACCUGAACUUGCGACCCCUGCAUUGCCGUCAUUCACUAACGAUGGUAAUACCAGCCAUAAUAACAUCACUAUUCCAACGGAGAUUUCUGCGGCCACAACUGCUGGAACUGACUCAUCUUCAGGGGCGUCAAUUAGGAGGCGACGCCCCGACAUAUCAGCACCGUGCCAAAUAGUAUGUGGGAACAUAUGUGAAAGCUUGACCUGUUGCAAUACCAGUACCAUGCGAAUCUAA